AGUUGUGGUUCAGCCAUGAUUGUUGUUCCGUUUGUUGUUCCAGUACCUCGUAUAAUGCAGGACUUCCAGAGAUGACCUCGACCGUGUGUUGAUUCCUGUGGUGCAGCCUUAUAAAGAAGCAUGGAACGACAACACACGGUAAUUAACACAGUGUUGCAGGUGACCCGCGAAGCAUCUCAAUCAUGUGCGAGAAGCCCACACGAUUACGUCGCGGCCAUCAGUGCAUACGGAAAAGGCAGACAGUGGCAACGAGCACUGUCGCUUUUCGGCGAACUGUCUCAAACCAAAGUGGAAGCCAACGUCAUCAUCUACAAUGCUGUGAUCAGUGCGUGCGGGAAAGGAAAACAGUGGCAGCAAGCCCUUUCGCAUCUCAGCGAGAUCUGCGAGGCGAAGUUGGAGCCCACCGUCGUCAGUUACAAUGCCGGGAUCAGCGCGUGUCAGACAUGCAAACAGUGGCAGCAGGCCCUGUCACUUCUGAGCGAGAUGUUCGAGGCGAAGCUGGAGCCCAGCGUCGUCAGCUACAAUGCUGGGAUCAGCGCGUGCCAGUGGCGGUGGGCCCUGUUUCUGGUCAGCGAGAUGCGGCAAUCGAAGCUCAGGCCUGACUCAGCUACAGCGCUGGGAUCAGCGCGUGCGAGAAGGGCGAGCAGUGGCAGCCGGCGCUGGCGCUGCUGAGCGAGAUGCGGGAGGUGAAGCUAUGCGGGAGGUGAAGCUGGAGCCCAACGCCAUCAGUCUACAGCUCUGGGAUCAGCGCGUGCGGGAAGGGCGAGCAGUGGCAGUGGG